GCCUGACUUGCUGUGUGCAUUCCUGUCAGAUACAGGCGGCAGAUCCAGGGGAAAAAUCCAUAGUGGAUAGUGAGCUGUUCCAUAGGGCUGAGCUGGACGACGAGCAUCUCCAGGGGACAUUGCAGGCGCUGAGAGCUUCUACUUGCACAGUUUGGGAUUGUGGAAGGAGAGGAGAGCAGUGCCUGGGCUGGGAGAAGCCUGCAGAAUGGCCUCUCCAUAAGGGACAUGAGAAGAGACGGCCUGGGGAUACUGUCAUGUAGGUCACUGAAUAUCGCUGGAUGCUGCGUGAUGCUUAUUGACCGAUGUCCCUCUGAUAAUUCGGCAUAUAAGGCGUCUUUGGUUGGAUUCCAAGUUCACUCAAAGUAAAUGAAAACUUUGGAAAUCUUCCCUGACUUUUCCCAAGGCAAUGUAGACUCUCAUAAUUAGAAGCAUCAGCUGUGUGUCUCGUGGAUGGGUCACUCGUGAACACUGCAAAGGAAAGACAUCUUGUUGCGGUGCAGUAAUAUUUGUUGCUUAUUCAGUCAGUAAUGCGGCAUCUGACAAGUGGAUCACGCAGUGGCUCAGUAAUUCCGGCAGACCCACCUGCGCUCACUGAGGAACAUAACUAAACUCAUGCACUGCUGUGGGAAUCUGAGGACUGAGGAUACACAUGACAGCUGGAGCGCAUGCAUUGUCCGUUUCUGUACAUUCUAUACACUGUUCUGCAACAGCCAUCGCUCUCCAGGCAGACCGCCACCAGCAUGCUUCAGGACACGGAUGCAGCCACCGAGAUUUGUAGUAACAGAUUUUGUAUAUACAGAGAAUGGGACCCGCAGAUCAGCCAAGAAGAACGGCCACCGGUUCCUCUCUCCCCACCGAGGACAGUUCUGUUCAAUGUUGAGGAGAAGUGCUGUGCCAUGGAUGUGAAAGAGAGGAAACCUUACCGAUCCCUGACCAGGCGGCACGACACAGAGCGCCGGUACACCAGCUCCUCGGCCGACAGUGAUGAUAGCAAAAUACCGCAGAAGUCUUACAGUUCCAGCGAGACUCUCAAAGCCUACGAUCAAGACUCCAGGCUGUCCUACAGCAGUCGAGUGAAAGACAUGGUCCACCAAGAGGUCGAUGAGUUCUGCCGAUCCGGUGGCAGCUUCACGUUACACGAACUGGGUCUUGGGGAAGUUACACCGCCUCAUGGGACACUCUACCGGACCAAUAUUGGCCUGCCCCACUGCGGCUACUCCAUGACCGGGGAUAACGACGCAGACAAUGAAGGGGACUGCGUAUUGUCACCCGAACACCCGGUGAGGCUCUGGGCGCGGAACACUAAGUCUGGCCGAAGCUCCUGCUUGUCCAGCAGAGCUAAUUCUAACCUGACCCUCACUGACACCGAACAUGAGAACACAGAAAACGACCUUCAAGAGGUGGAGUUGAUCAAUCCCGCUCUAGAACAGUGUUUCCCAACUACAGUCCUCGGGGACAACCAACAGUUCCAGUUUUCAGGAUAUACUCACAGGAGCACAGGUCCUCCCUUGCAUUGUUCAUCUGCUUCAUCAACCCCUAUUGAACAAACCCCCUCCCCUCCCCCCACCCCAGGAGCCAAUGGCUGCCAGAGGAGGCUGAUAGGCAGCAGUGUGGUGGGCCAGACAGCCCAGCACUCCGAGGCUGGGGGGGAUUUUCUCCACAAUUCUCUCUUAGUUAAAAGUGAUUCUGCAAACCUGGGAGUCUCUGCUAAUGAUCAGCCGCUGGGUCUGCAGAACCAUCUGAGGCUGAGAACGCCUCCUCCCCCGCUGUCCCACCCGCCGAACCCCCACCAUGCAGCUUCCAUCAACUCCCUGAACAGAGGCAACUUCACCCCUCGGAGUAACCCCAGCCCUGCUCCCACGGAUCACUCCUUGUCAGGAGAGCCCCUGGGCAGUGCCCAGGAGCCCGUUCAUGGUCAAGACAACUGGCUUCUCAACAGUAACAUCCCCCUGGAGACCAGAAACAUAGCAAAGCAGGCAUUCCUAGAGACUUUGCAGGACAACCUCAUUGAGAUGGACAUCCUACCCACCUCCCGACAUGACGGUGCUUACAAUGAUGGGCAUUUUCUCUUUAAACCCGGAGGCACGUCUCCCCUGUUUUGCACGACGUCGCCUGGCUAUCCUCUGACCUCCAGCACUGUGUACUCACCACCACCCCGACCCCUACCGCGAAGCACUUUCUCCAGACCCGCCUUUAACCUGCAGAAGCCGUACAAAUACUGCAAUUGGAAAUGUGCAGCGCUAAGUGCUAUCAUUAUCUCUGUCACACUUGUGAUCCUCCUGGCUUAUUUCAUCGCCAUGCACCUGUUCGGCCUAAACUGGCACCUGCAGCCGACGGACGGGCAGAUGUAUGAGAUCACAGAGGACAGAGCCACCAGUUGGCCUUUGCCAAUGGACGUCACCUUGUACCCGUCAGGGGGGACAGGUUUAGAAUUACCAGAGAGGAAAGGCAAAGGAUCCAGCGAAGCAAAACCCGGAAACCUUUUCCCUGACGACAGUUUUAUUGACUCUGGAGAGCUGGAUGUCGGCAGGAGAGCGUCACAGAAGAUCCCUCCCGGCAUAUUCUGGAGAUCCCAGGUUUUCAUAGACCAUCCUGUUCAUCUGAAGUUCAACGUGUCCUUGGGAAAAGCAGCUCUUGUUGGGAUCUAUGGCAGAAGAGGCCUCCCUCCAUCACACACGCAGUUUGACUUUGUGGAACUUUUGGACGGAAGACGUCUGCUCGCCCAGGAGGCUCGGAGCCUGGAAGGCCCUCAGAGGCUGCACAGAGGGGUGGUUCCUUUGUCAAGUCACGAGACGGGGUUCAUUCAAUACCUGGACUCCGGAAUCUGGCACCUGGCAUUUUACAACGAUGGCAAGGAGUCCGAGGUGGUGUCUUUUCUCACGACAACGAUUGAAUCCGUGGACGACUGUCCCAGUAACUGCUAUGGAAAUGGGGAAUGCGUGUCUGGAAAUUGCCACUGUUUUCUGGGCUUUCUUGGGCCAGACUGUGGAAGAGCAUCCUGCCCCGUAUUGUGCAGCGGUAAUGGACAGUACAUGAAAGGGAGGUGCCUGUGCCACAGCGGCUGGAAAGGUGCCGAAUGUGAUGUUCCCACAAAUCAGUGCAUUGACGUGACCUGCAGUAACCAUGGCACCUGCAUUAUUGGAACAUGUAUCUGCAAUCCCGGAUACAAAGGGGAGAACUGUGAAGAAGUGGACUGCAUGGACCCCACGUGCUCCGGACGAGGCGUGUGCGUGCAAGGAGUGUGUCACUGCGCUGUCGGCUGGGGUGGGACGAGCUGCGAGAAUCCCCGAGCCACCUGCUUAGACCAGUGCUCCGGACACGGAACCCUCCAGGCCGAGACGGGUGUCUGCGCCUGUGAUCCCAACUGGACUGGCCAUGACUGCUCUAUAGAAAUCUGUGCAGCGGAUUGCGGAGGUCACGGCACGUGUAUCGGCGGCAGCUGUCGCUGCAACGAGGGCUGGAUGGGAGCCGCUUGUGACCAGAGGUCCUGCCACCCCCGCUGCAACGAGCACGGAACUUGCCGAGAUGGGAAGUGUGAAUGCAGCCCCGGCUGGAACGGAGAACACUGCACCAUUGAGGGAUGUCCGGGCCUGUGUAACGGAAACGGCAGGUGUACGCUGGACAUGAAUGGCUGGAACUGCGUCUGCCAGCUAGGGUGGAGAGGAGCUGGAUGCGACACCUCCAUGGAAACGGCGUGCAGCGACAGUAAGGACAACGAUGCCGAUGGUUUGGCCGACUGUAUGGAUCCCGACUGCUGCCUCCAGCAAACUUGUCACACAAACGCGUUGUGCCUGGGUUCCCCGGAUCCUCUGGAUAUAAUCCAAGAAACGCAAGCUCCUGUGUCCCAGCAGAACCUGCAGUCCUUCUAUCACAGAAUUAAAUUCCUCAUCGGCCGGGACAGCACUCACUUCAUUCCUGGAGAGAAUCCUUUCGAUGGCGGGCAUGCAUGCGUCAUACGUGGUCAAGUGAUGACAUCAGAUGGGACGCCGUUAGUCGGCGUAAAUGUCAGUUUUGUCAAUGCCCCACUCCUGGGAUACACCAUCAGCAGACAAGAUGGAAGCUUUGAUCUGGUCACCUAUGGCGGUAUCUCCAUCACCUUCCGGUUUGAGCGGGCUCCGUUCACCACGCAAGAGCACACGCUUUGGCUGCCAUGGGACCGCUUCUUUGUCAUGGAGACCAUCACCAUGAGGCACGAGGAGAACGAGAUCCCUAGCUGUGACCUCAGCAGCUUCGCCCGUCCCAACCCCGUGCUCUCACCGGCUCCACUAACGGCCUUCGCCAGCUCUUGUGCAGAGAAAGGACCGAUUGUCCCUGAAAUACAGGCUCUGCAAGAAGAGAUUAAAAUCCCUGGAAGUAAAAUCAAACUGAGCUACCUGAGCACGCGAAACGCUGGUUACAAAUCCGUUCUAAGGAUCAGCCUGACGCACCUCACCAUUCCGUUCAACCUCAUGAAAGUCCAUCUCAUGGUCGCCGUGGAAGGCCGCCUCUUCCGGAGAUGGUUUGCCGCUGCCCCAGACCUCUCCUACUUUUUCAUUUGGGACAAGACCGACGUCUACAGUCAAAAGGUCUACGGCCUGUCUGAAGCCUUCGUCUCCGUUGGAUAUGAAUAUGAAUCGUGCCCAGACCUUAUCCUGUGGGAAAAGAGGACGGCCAUUUUGCAAGGCUAUGAAAUAGAAGCUUCCAAGCUGGGUGGAUGGUCUCUGGACAAACACCACGCGCUCAACAUACAGACUGGUAUCCUGCACAAAGGAAACGGGGAGAACCAAUUCAUAUCCCAGCAGCCAGCUGUGAUCGGCAGCACCAUGGGCAACGGGCGGCGCAGGAGCAUCUCCUGCCCGAGCUGCAACGGCCUUGCAGAUGGUAACAAGCUCCUGGCGCCAGUGGCUCUGACGUGUGGGCCAGAUGGAAGCCUUUACGUUGGCGAUUUCAACUACAUCCGAAGAAUCUUCCCCUCCGGCAAUGUCACCAACGUCUUGGAGUUGAGAAAUAAGGAUUUCAGACAUAGCCACAGUCCGGCCCAUAAAUAUUACUUGGCCACAGACCCAGUGACCGGUGCCAUACUCCUCUCCGACACCAACAGCCGGCGUGUCUACAAGAUCAAGUCAACGACGGUUGUGAAGGAUGUUUUGAAAAAUUCGGAAGUGGUGGCAGGGACCGGAGACCAGUGUCUUCCCUUUGAUGAUACGCGGUGUGGGGAUGGUGGAAAAGCUGCAGAAGCCUCGCUUAACAAUCCUAGAGGUAUCACCGUGGAUAAGUUUGGCCUCAUCUACUUUGUCGACGGCACCAUGAUACGCCGGAUUGACCAAAACGGCAUCAUCUCCACCUUGCUGGGCUCCAACGACUUGACAUCGGCCAGACCCCUGAGCUGUGACUCCGUCAUGGACAUUUCACAGGUUCGCCUUGAAUGGCCGACAGACAUGGCGGUAAACCCAAUGGAUAACUCCCUCUAUGUCCUUGACAACAAUGUGGUGUUGCAGAUCUCUGAAAAUCACCAAGUGCGCAUUGUGGCUGGGAGACCAAUGCAUUGCCAGGUCCCCGGUAUCGACCACUUCCUCCUCAGUAAGGUAGCCGUCCAUGCCACCUUGGAGGCUGCCACUGCUUUGGCUGUCUCUCAUAAUGGCAUCUUGUACAUCUCCGAAACGGACGAGAAAAAGAUCAACCGAAUCAGACAGGUCACCACCAAUGGUGAAAUCUCACUGGUGGCCGGUGCACCGAGUGGCUGUGAUUGCAAGAACGACCCCAGUUGUGAGUGUUUUUCUGGAGAUGAUGGUUACGCAAAGGAUGCUAAGUUGAAUGCUCCUUCAUCUCUAGCUGUAUGUGCGGAUGGGGACUUGUAUGUGGCAGAUCUGGGAAAUAUCAGGAUUCGGUUUAUCCGUACCAAUAAACCAUUCCUCAACAGUCAGAACCUGUACGAGGUGUCUUCUCCCAUUGAUCAGGAAUUAUAUCUAUUUGACACUACUGGGCGACACCUGUACACCCAAAGCCUUACAACUGGGGAUUAUCUCUACAACUUUACCUACACCGGGGAUGGAGACCUUACCCUUAUCACAGAUAACAAUGGGAAUACUCUAAACAUAAGGCGGGAUUCCACCGGCAUGCCACUCUGGUUGGUGGUACCCGAUGGACAAGUCUUCUGGUUGACCAUUGGCACAAACAGUGCCCUCAAAAGCGUGUCGGAACAAGGUAACGAACUUGCCAUGAUGACCUACCAUGGAAAUUCUGGUCUUCUUGCCACCAAGAGCAACGAGAACGGUUGGACCACAUUCUACGAGUUUGACAGUUUUGGCCGGUUGACCAACGUUACCUUCCCCACGGGUCAGGUCAGCAGCUUCCACAGUGACACGGACAGCUCAGUCCAUGUGCAGGUAGAGACAUCAAAUAAGGAUGACGUUACCAUAACGACCAACCUGUCCGCAUCGGGAGCCUUCUAUACACUGCUGCAAGAUCAAGUGCGGAACAGCUAUUACAUUGGCGCAGAUGGUUCACUGAGGCUUAUUCUAGCUAAUGGGAUGGAGGUCGCCCUGCAGACAGAGCCUCACCUGCUGGCUGGUACGGUGAACCCCACCGUUGGUAAACGCAAUGUCACCCUGCCCAUUGACAAUGGCCUGAAUUUGGUGGAGUGGCGGCAACGCAAGGAACAGGCGCGAGGACAGGUCACUGUGUUUGGACGCCGCCUGAGGGUCCACAAUCGGAACUUGCUGUCUCUGGAUUUCGAUCGCGUUACAAGGACGGAGAAGAUUAAUGACGACCAUCGGAAGUUCACCCUGAGGAUUUUGUACGAUCACGCUGGCAGGCCCAGCCUCUGGUCUCCAUCUAACGGCCUUAAUGGGGUGAACGUGACUUACUCUCCUGGGGGUCAUGUGGCGGGAAUUCAAAGAGGCACAAUGUCGGAGAGGAUGGAGUACGACCAGGCCGGCAAGAUCAUUUCAAGGACCUUUGCUGAUGGGAAGUCGUGGACCUACACUUACCUGGAGAAGUCUAUGGUGUUACUUCUUCACAGCCAGCGGCAGUACAUUUUUGAGUUUGACAAAAACAAUCGACUAUCUUCUGUAACUAUGCCCAAUGUGGCCCGACAAACCUUGGAGACGGUCCGCUCCAUCGGAUACUAUCGGAAUAUUUACCGUCCUCCGGAGGGCAAUGCCUCCGUGCUGCAGGACUUUUCUGAAGAAGGGCAGCUUCUGCAAACGUUAUAUAUGGGUACUGGGAGACGCAUCAUGUACAAAUAUGGCAAGCUGUCCAAGCUGGCGGAGAUCUUGUACGAUACCACCAAAAUAGCCUUCACCUACGAUGAAACCGCCGGCAUGUUGAAGACCGUCAACUUGCAAAACGAAGGCUUCACCUGCACGAUCCGUUACCGGCAGAUAGGACCUCUAAUCGACCGACAGAUUUUCCGAUUCACAGAGGAAGGAAUGGUGAACGCCAGAUUUGAUUACAAUUACGACAACAGUUUCCGAGUCACCAGCAUGCAGGCUGUCAUCAACGAGACACCAUUGCCUAUCGACCUGUACAGGUACGAUGACGUCUCUGGUAAAACCGAACAGUUCGGCAAAUUUGGAGUUAUUUACUACAACAUUAACCAGAUCAUUACUACGGCGGUGAUGACGCACACAAAACAGUUCGACACCUACGGCCGAGUCAGGGAGUUGCAGUAUGAAAUCUUUAGGUCCAUGAUGUUUUGGAUGAUGUUGCAAUAUGACAACAUGGGCCGAGUGGUUAAGAAGGAGCUGAAGGUCGGGCCCUAUGCAAACUCUACACGUUACACAUAUGAAUAUGAUAGCGACGGACAGCUACAAACCGUAUUUGUUAAUGACAAACAGCAAUGGAGAUACAACUAUGACUUGAAUGGAAAUUUGCACUUGCUAAAUCCAGGAAACAGCAUCCGCCUGAUGCCGCUGAGAUAUGACUUGCGGGAUCGGAUAACUAGACUAGGCGAUGUCCAGUAUCGGAUGGAUGAAGAUGGGUUCCUCAAGCAGAGAGGAAGUGAUAUGUUUGAGUAUAGCUCUGCCGGUCUUCUCGUCAGAGCUUAUAACAAAGUGAGCGGCUGGAGUGUGAGAUACAGAUAUGAUGGACUUGGGAGGAGAAUUUCCCGAAAGACCCAUAAUGGUCAACAUUUACAGUUCUUCUAUGCUGACCUUGCCAACCCCACCAGAAUCACGCACUUCUACAAUCACUCCAGCUCUGAGAUUGCCUCCCUGUACUAUGACCUACAAGGCCACCUCUUUGCCAUGGAGCUAAGCAGCGGGGAUGAGUUUUACAUUGCCUGUGACAACAUCGGAACGCCCAUGGCCGUCUUCACUGGCUCUGGACUGAUGAUCAAACAAAUUCUAUACACCGCCUACGGUGAAAUCUACCUGGACUCUAACCCUAACUUCCAGCUCAUCAUAGGCUACCAUGGCGGUCUCUUUGACUAUAUGACUAAGCUCGUCCACAUGGGGCGGCGAGAGUACGACGUGCUGGCUGGCCGAUGGACAAGUCCCGAUCACGACAUGUGGAAGCAGCUUAGCACCUCCAACAUAAUACCCUUCAAUCUGUACAUGUUUAAAAAUAACAACCCAGUUAGCAGAGCCCAGGACACAAAAUGCUAUAUGACAGAUGUCAACAGCUGGCUUCUCACAUUCGGCUUUCAGCUGCACAACGUGAUCCCGGGCUACCCGAGGCCGGAACUUGAUGCCAUGGAGCCUUCAUACGAACUGGUCAAUACUCAGAUGAAGACUCAGGAAUGGGACAACAGCAAGUCGAUCCUGGGCGUGCAGUGUGAGGUGCAGAAGCAGCUGAGAGCGUUUGUAACCCUGGAACGGUUCGAUCCCGUCUACAACUCCCCAAUGGCUGGUUGUCGCCCGGAAAAAGAGAGCAAGAGAUUUGCUUCGUUGGGUUCCAUUUUUGGAAAAGGCGUCAAGUUUGCGAUGAAAGACGGUCGGGUCAGCACCGACAUCAUUAGCGUCGCUAAUGAGGACGGGAGGCGCAUUGCCGCCAUUUUGAACAACGCCCACUAUUUAGAAAACUUGCAUUUCACCAUUGACGGCAUUGACACUCACUACUUUGUCAAGCAGGGGACGCCAGAGAGUGACCUGUCUAUAUUAGGGCUCAGUGGCGGCAGGCGAACCUUGGAAAAUGGGGUCAACGUGACCGUUUCACAGAUCAACACGGUUCUUGGUUCAAGGACUAGACGCUACACAGACAUCCAGCUACAGUACGGCCCGCUGUGCCUGAACACUCGCUACGGGAGCACCUUGGACGAGGAGAAGGUCCGCGUUUUAGAACUGGCCAGGCAAAGGGCCAUUUCUCAGGCAUGGCUCAAAGAACAGCAGAGACUUUUGGAUGGGGAGGAGGGUCUCCGGGCAUGGACAGAAGGAGAGAAACAGCAGUUACUGAGCACAGUUCGGGUUCAGGGAUAUGAUGGAUAUUAUGUCAUUUCCGUAGAGCAGUACCCGGAACUUUCAGACAGCGCUAACAACAUCCAUUUUAUGAGACAGAGUGAGAUGGGCAGAAGGUGACAUAUAGAGGGUUAAUGUGUUGACUUCUUGCCAAAGACCGCUACAGUGGUAGCCGCAUACCUAAACUGUGUUGUAAUCCAGCCUUUCUUUUUUUUUUUCUUUAAAUGGACCCUGAAAAAAAAAUAAGAGAGGGCGAGAUGGUCACGCGGCUGAACUGUAAAUAUUGCAACUUUUUAUUUUUUAAAUAAAAAUUGGCCUUCACGCGUUUCGCAAUGAGCAGAAGGUAUUUCGCUGUAGUCUGACCACAGUGGAAUUUGUUCUUUUUCCCUUGUGAGGAAUUCAAGUGAGAAGUGUCAAAACUUUACGUCGACAGGUACUUGGUGUGGAUUGCAAAAAUUAAAAUAUAAGGAUGUUUGUGGAAAGUCUGUAUCAUCUUUACCCUAAUCGGAGCAGGGAUCAACGCGUUUUUGAAGGGGAAGGAAAUCUACUCAGCUCUAGCUUUCGGAACUGAAUUUUGCCUUGAUUUUAACCAAAACUGUUCAUAUCAUUUCCUUUGUCUCAUGAUACAGUAUGUGGCAGGAUGAAUUCUCUGUCCCAAUGUGUUGCUUGUGUUACAUUUCAACUGCAAUUGAUAGUAUUCCCCCGUGUGCUUUUUCCCAACACCAGGAAAUGGGCGAUAGGACCCAAUAUAACCAUAUUUUAUGCCUCUAGAGGACUGUAGAACCUUCUCCAUUCUCACUUAUGACAUAAAGUGUUUUGGGGCUCCUGACGCAGGUGUAGCAGUGGGACCAGGACCUUGACAUGACCAAUGCAAUGGGUUUUUAUUACAUUUGUUAUUUUCAGUUCUACAUUUUGUGGCUCCAUCCUUUGUUAUGGUGCGCCCAUAUGGUGGCAGAUGUGUUGGGAAUAGAGGUGUUGUAAUAACUGGACACUGGAGGUGUGAUGUCAUUGCUUCCUACGGAUUUGAUUCGCUGUACUUUGACUAUUGGGCUAUUCCACAAGAGACUGCUUCUACUGUCUGAGAGUGUUCUGUGCAAUUCCUUUUUGACCAACGUUUCACCUGCUAACAGUCAUUGGUAUAUUGGGUUGGGAUAAAGGGGCCUACAGGAAACUAAAAGAUGGGCGGGCGAGCCCCAUAAUGAUUUAGAAUUCAUUACAAUAAGUUGCUGCAAGCAGGAUCUUAUAACACGCCAGUGGAAUUUAUACAUAUAUAAACUCCUCUGCUUCAUGUCAAUUGUGUUCAGUAAUGUCAACUCGCGUCUUGGCUUCAGCAUUCAUUACUUAUGUUAUAAGUGGCAGUAAAGCCCUUGCUGCAGGCAGUGCAGGUGUGAGAAGUAUGGUCUAGAACCUUGGCUCAGAGAUCUUGCUAACUUUUUAGGGACCACUAAGCAGCAGAUUAAUAUUUCCUUACAUCAGUCCUCUGUAAUCUUUGUGUCUAGGGCUUUAAUGAGAAACCCCUGUUAGGAAUACACUGCUACUCCAAAAGACCGGGAAGAGGCCGGGCAAUCGUAGUGAAACGUUGCCUUAAGCGAGCUUGACAGAGUAGCAGGUUUUGGCGAUACAAUCUUCCUGUUCAUAGAAUGUAUCAUCCAUUUUAAUAUCCUCCCCAAGUUGUAAAUCAGUGGCCCGGAUUACCCUACCCCAGGGAUGACGAAGGGGCCAAACUAGUAGUAAAUUGUCUAGGGUUCCAAAGGGAGAGGUCGAAAAUGGUAACUGGAACUCUUGGGGUGGGGGGGUUGUGACUGGAGGAAUUCCCCCGUGGACCACUUGAGGCCAACUGGGAAAAGGUGUGAGAUUCUGCUGCCAAAUGGGCAACGUGGUGAAUAUUCCACUGAACAAUUUAGAAGAUUUUGCUGUUGUCUUGGUUCCCUCUGUAGCUCAUAGUUAUACCAGCAGGGGAGGAUAAAAAAUGUAAUCGAAUCUUUAGUGGUCCAUUAACAUGCUGUAAAUUUACCCCAGCGUGUCUGUAUCUUAUACCCCAUGUCUCAGUUGUUAUUUCUGACACUACGCAGUAGUUCUCUAUUUACUGUUCGGCGUCUCUGGAGUCCGACUGCCGCGUGCGGUAAAUAGGGGCGCCCGGGGAAAGUGUUUACUUUAGUCAGUCACUUCUUUUCUUUCAUCUCAUUUUAGUGCUAGAAUUACUGACUGGAUGGGGGUUCCUGUAAGGCUCGGAACAGAACGCACACACUUGUCUUUUAUUUAUAAAGGUCGAUGUUGGAUAAGAAGCAUUUGACGUGGCCCCCCCGAAUUAGCAGCUGGAUUGGGUUUCAUGCCAGUCUGGCCUGACUGUAACUGAAACAAAACAUCUCCAUGGAAUGAUGUAGAUAGAGGCGAGGACCGGUUUAUUCCUUGCUGGUUAUUCUGUGUUUUGUAAAAAAAAAAAAAAAAAUGUACAAAAAAAAUCUAGAGACGUUAUUUUGCAAGCAAAAAAAAAAGUUAGCGAUGAGGGGGAAAAAAUAAUUUAAUUUUAAAGAAGAGAAUACAUUUUUGCUUUUAAAUGUAAUUAAGUAAAAAAUGUAGGUCUGGGAAUUUGUCGCUUUGCAUAAAUGGACGUAAAAAAGGAACAUGUUUACAAAUAAAGAGAAAAAUGAUUUUUAUAGAAAAAAAACCCUGACAUAUUGUUCUCGUUUUUACACCCUUCCAAUAUGCGUGAGCCACGUUUGUUUUAUCCACUCAGCUCUAUGUUAACGGUUUAACAUCGGGAUGGGGGGGAAUGAUAGCUUUAUACCUUUCACAUGAUGCUUGGUCUCAAGCUGGCAGAUAAAUCUGCAUCCGCCCUUAUAAUGCAUUACUAGGCGCAGUUCUGGACUCCAAUUCAACAUAUUACUGUAUUUCUAUACCCUUCUUUUCAUCUUUACCUUUCUGUGCUUUUCAUCAUAGCUUUUAUGUCCCCUUUACCUUUCUGUGCUCUUUAACAUGGCAUUUAUGUCAUCUGUACCUUUCUGUGCUUUUCACAAGAUCUUUUCAAUCCGUUUUAUUCUCCUUUCUGUGCUUUUCAUCAUAGCUUUUAAAUUCAUAUUUUUCUCCUUUCUGUGCUUUUCACCAUAGCGUUAAAAAAAAAAAUUCUCCUUUCUGUGCUUUUCAGCAUUGCUUUUAUGUCAUUUUUUUUUGUACAAGGCUGUUUAUUUUUUUUGGGGGGGAUAAAAAGUAACCAAUAGCAACGGCUCUGGUUAUAAAGACCUUGGAGAAAUCACAGAGGGCCUGAUUCUGAGGAGCCGCACGCAGCACCAGUGUUCACAUAGUUGAGUGAUUUUUUUUCACAUCUGCGCACGCACAAAAAGGUCGUAAAUGUCCUCCUGUUGUACGCAGAGAGGCGUGGCUGUAAUCUGUGCAGACGGAAUCGGAAUUGUUGCGGAAAGUGCUGGGAAUUCCUGGACGGUGACGGAGGUGGUUCGAAACGCAUGCCAAAAUUGUGAGUGUUGCGGCCGUAUCAAUGCAAGCGGCUGCUCACCCGCAGCUAUAGGAGGCCAUGGUCUCCUGCAGUGUCAAUGGUGCGAGCAAUGGUGGCAUCUUAAGAACCACCGGCAGCACGCAGAGAGCUCAAAGUGGCCGUCUUCGUCCUUACUCAUCCAGAUGCCCGGAUGUGCACAAGGGGAAGGCCUGAUGCUGACCUUCACAUUUACCUGCAGCCUCAACUCUGGCAACAGUCACUACAGCUGCGUCACUCUAUGAAUCCGGCCCAGAAGGUGGCCCAGAAUUUAGGGCAGUGCAUCUAGUAAAAGGAGCAGGAGGCAGCAGGAUUGGAAUCUGUGACUUUCCAGCAACUACAAGCACCAGAAUGCCCUCACAACAUUUUCCUGGUAGAACAUGCUGGGACUUAUAGUUUCACAGGCUCAGAUCCUCAGUAUAAAACAUAACAUCACCUCGGCAGGUUGUGAGGCGCACGUGGGCCCAUCUGUAGAUCUGAAAUGUAUUUAUAUGGGGUGUAUCCAUGGUUGUCGCCUUUCCCUGCAAAGAGGGUGAGGUUCAUGAAGCCUCGAUACACCUCACUAGGCACUGCCGUAACCCCCCACUGAGUGUUUCCAUAACACAGAUUGUCUGACGCAUCUGUAAUAUGUGUCAUGAUCCGUCUUAAUCGUUUAUAAAGCAGCUUCUCCCUCCAUUAUGGUAGAGUUUAUUUUCCAUAACUGAUUCGGAUGGGGAAUGUCGAGAUGAUGGAUCCAGCUUUAGAACUUGCAUCCUUAAUAUACCGCUGCAAAUGAGCCCGUACUAAUGAAUCUUGCUUUAACGAGGCAGAUGCUUGUGAAUACUUUUUUUUUUAGCAAUUUGUGCAGAACUCGUAUAGUUAUUUCUGUCGAAUUGAAAGGUGUCAUUUCAUGCCACCCAAGGGAGGUGUGUCAUGCCUCAUGUCUCAGUGGAAGAGAGACGUACAGCGCCUGGUGGGAUUUGACGCAUUGUGUGUAUUUAAAUACCCCCCCCCCCUUGCAAAACACUCACGGGAAACGCAAUAAGCCUUAGUCACAAACAUGGGAUUGUACCCGCCUUGAUAAUAGUGAGUCAUUGUACAAAUUUUACUUUGAUGCCACAAUUCUUUACAUCCCUUUAUUACAGAUGGAGCCCCGCUCAUCUAGGGUUCUCUGCUGCACCUAGGUGCACCAAGGCAUAUUAGCAUACGCCUUUCAUCUCUUGUUCUCAGCUGCAAUACAAUACAGAAAGAACAAUACAUCAGGGGAUUAAAUCUGACUGCCCUGGCUCAAUUAAUCCUAUUAAAGGGAUCCUGUAAAGACAAUUGCAGUUGAUUUUAACCACUGGCACUUUUUAAACCUUGGUUUUUUUGUUUUUUUUUAUUCCAUUCUGAUGGAAAUAUACAGGUGUAAUUAUUAUUAUGUGAAUACAUUAAGGUAUUUUGGGCAUUUCGGAAAAUAAAAAUGGAUUAGCUGCCGCCGGAUUUCUAAACGCCUUUCCUUGUCGGAUCGGCUGCCGGUGCAACGUGCGUGUUGGUGCAGGUGUUGGUACAAGCCUUGCAGUCCGUAUGGAUCAAUUUCCUUUACCGUCAAUAUGGAGAUUCCUGCAGGAAGUGCACCCAAUACCUUUAGGCCUCCCCUAGAACGAAAGCCUCUCUCCUUGUGGUUCAUUGGACAACUAUUGGUUCUUGCUAAAUGUUACUUAAGGUUGAGAAACCGUAUUAUAAAUCAUCCCACCUGUUGCGUACAUUGAAAUAUGAAUUUAAGUCUAUGAGGUUGAAUUCAACCUGUUACAAUCUGCAAAAAGACAUCAUGCGUAGCAACCAAUCAGAACUCAUCUGUUACUAGUCUAGCUUUCCUCCGUUCAAUCAGAGCUGACAUUUGAUUGGGUGCUGCUGUUUUAUGUUAUUAAUGAAACCAUUCACGUCGUUAAAGUGUUACGGUCAAAAAAAUUAAAUAAAAAAAACAAAAGGGAGCUCAGGGGCAAACAUUGCACUAGAUGUAUCAAUGGGAAAUACUGUGGGGCUUUUCAUUUCUCUCCUUCAUUGCUAAAUCCGGUGUAUGUCCUCUGCCUGUUCUAUCCCUGCCUGCUCCUGCUCUGCCGGUUCCUGUAACUUCUGUUUUUAUUUUCCUGGAAGAAUAUUUGAGAAUCUGAAUUCUUGAUGCCCUGUGUUUGUAAUGCUGUAUUCUUGUGUACAUAGGAUAAAGCUGUAUACUGUAUAUAGGUGCGGAUGUAGAUAACAUUCUAGAACAAAAGAAGUGACCCUGUGUAGCCUUCAGUGACAAAUAAAGGAUAUUUUGUGUUUAA